GUACGAGCUUGUGACUGAGCCGUCGGAGCUAGCCAGCUUUAACCUUAACACACAUCCACCGUGCACGCCAUGAUUUGAGGCUGCAAAAGGAAAAGGCUGGCGAUAGGAAGAGAGAGAGAGACUAAGCGUGUGGAGCUGAAGUGGGAGCUGCCUCAGAUUGUCCGAAGGGGCAGCAUUUCUCCAUCUAGUUCCGGUUGCUCUGUCUGCGUUGCAUGCCAUUUGGAACUGCAACAAUAGGUUGCCACCAUUUAGAGAGGGGAAUUUAUUUUUGUUUUUCAAACAGACUGACUCUUUUUAAUGCUAGAUAAACAUGAGCUCUUAUUUUGUUAACCCUCUUUUUUCCAAGUACAAAGGCGGCGAAACAUUAGAGCCAACUUACUACGACUGCAGGUUUCCACAGAGCGUUGCCCGAAGCCACACGCUUGUAUACGGACAUGGAGCAGCUGCGCCGGGGUUUCAACACCCGUCGCAUCACGUACAGGACUUUUUCCAUCACGGAACCACAGGUAUCUCCAACCCCGGCUAUCAACAGAACCCUUGUGCAUUGGCAUGUCACGGAGACGCUACGAAAUUUUAUGGAUAUGAAGCUCUUCCGAGGCAACCGCUUUAUGGUACCCAGCAAGAGGCCAGCUUAGCGCAAUACCCAGACUGUAAAUCGUCCAAUAGCACUAACCCUGGAGAAGGACAAGGCCAUUUAAGUCAGAACUCCUCUCCGAGCCUCAUGUUCCCAUGGAUGCGGCCUCACGCUCCUGGGAGACGCAAUGGAAGGCAGACAUACAGCCGUUACCAGACUCUUGAGCUGGAGAAAGAGUUCCUCUUCAACCCAUACCUCACACGCAAGCGCCGUAUUGAAGUGUCCCACGCGCUGAGCUUAACCGAACGACAGGUGAAGAUCUGGUUUCAGAAUCGCCGAAUGAAGUGGAAAAAAGAAAAUAACAAAGACAAAUUUCCGGGCCAGAGAGGAGAGGCUGAGGCAGAGGCCGAAGAAGAGGGCAACGAGGACGGUGAGGUGGAGGAAGGAGAAGAUAAGGAAACGGAAGAGAAAGAGGAAAGCAAGGAGUGAUUUUAUGGUCUUUUUUAUGGUUAUAUGGCAGAUAUUGAAGAGGUCUCGCGAAUGGGCAAUGAAAGAGAAGACGCGCCAAUUUUAUUACAAACAGUUGGGUCAAAAAGUGAGAAAAUCCCCCACUAUACAAAAGUACCCUAAAACCUGCCCAAAGAAAAAAGCGUUUUUUUUUUACCAACACACGAGGACUUUUACCAUUAGCGAAAAGUGGAUCUGUGUAUUUGGCAAAUUACUCAAAGAGACAGACUAACAGGAACACAAUAACCCAUCGUUUUACUUAAGGGGAAAAGUAAGCAGCAUGAGAAGCAUUUAACGGAGUUAAACAUUUAUUUCAUACUUGAUGAGGAUGUUUGGGGGGAAAACUGACUAAGAUGCAACCAAUUGAAAUACUGAACUAAUUGCAUCGGCUUGUACCUUUUAAAACGAUUGGUCUUGUAUAUAAAAUCAAGCCACAACAUGCCGACAUUACGAAUCAAAUUGACAGAAGAAUAGAUUAUGUGUUCAAUGCAACUCUAAUUCUGCAAUCCGAAUAUGGCAAUAUUGCAUUAGUGCCAUGAGUAAGGAGAAAGGGGAUGGCAAGUGUAGAAAAUGCAUUCUGUAUUACAUACUUUAUCGAUUACUUAACUGUUCUUUAUUGUUAUUCUAUGUGAGUGGGCGAGGUUACAGUUUGUAUUUUUUCGAUUAUUUUAUCGGACUCACUAGAGAUUGCAAUCGUUUGAAAAUCUCGAAAGAAGCUACCUAAUCAUGGGAAAUUUGCAAUAUACAUUUCUACCUAGAGAUUUCAUAGACUCUUGUUUUGUAGUAUAUUAAACCUAAGUUAUGUAAUUUACCCUUUAAACACUUAUGAUUAUCGAGCUCUUUGAAGUCUUUGGAAGACACGAA